AAAGUAGAAAAAGAAACACUAAUUGAAAAACAUUUUUUUUCUUAACCGCCGUCCUUAUGAUUAAAAGAAAAUUGGCUGAGAUGAUUAACAAUUUGGCGCGGCCAUGUCCAGAAAUGAGGAGUUUUCUAUUUCCUAUCGAAAGAAUCAUAGUAAUUGGCAUAUUCCAUGUCGCAAGAUGCGUAGCCCAAUCCCAACCGUCCACUCUACAGUCCCGUCAAUGUCUAUUACAAUCAAAAAUCAACGGCUGCCGUGAACAGAACCAUUCAAGAAUAAAACUUUAAGGGUCCCACUCUCACAGAAUUUUUCUGCCAGGUGUAGACACCAACUUGACCGUUGACGCGUCACUACCACCAACGAACUACUUAAAAACGUUAGCCAAUUUUUUUUCCCUAUGCAAAGAAACCGCAGCUUCAUUCAUGGUCGCUGGAAUUGAACUUUUCAGAUUCACCUUUAUUUGAUGCGCCAGACAACAUUCCACUGUUCGUAGGCGUUAGGAACUUUUUUUUCUUUUUGAUGUUUGAUGAUGGCGGCUUCAGCGAAUACCAACGGUGGAGAUCAUACGGUAGAACUGAUUGUGCUUGGCGCCUCCGAAUCGGCGGCUGAUGGUGGCUCAUCAGCAUCGGCUUCGGAGGAGAUAAAACCUCUCUUGACGCCGAGCAUGAGGCCCAAGAUCAACAUCUUCUCGGUCUCUCAUUCCCGAAGAAAACCUAGGGAGAUAGUGAUAAAAGUGCCAGAAACGGAGAUAUCUCCAGUUUCACAGUUUAUUUUGUGGGUAUGGAGUGGAUCCAGGUACUCUGGUCUAGUAUGCAUGGCCUUGUCAUCUAUAAUCUACUUUGUCAUGGAAGUUCUUUCUGGUAAUUUCACUGCUCAGUCAAUUCCUUUGUUUGAGACUGCAUUUACAAGAUGUACAAUUACCUUGAUAUUAUCAUAUUUAUGGUUGAGAAGAAGUGGGCAGCCAAUGUUUGGAGCAACAAAUCCCAGGAAUCUUUUAGUUUUAAGAGCCCUAGUGGGAUAUCUCUCAUUAUUGAGUUUUAUCUAUUGCAUUCAAAGAAUACCUUUCUCUCAUGCUAUUAUGUUAAGCUUUACAACUCCAAUAGUGGCUUCAAUCAUGGCCAGAAUUAUUUUGCAUGAAAAGUUGAAAAUUGCAGAAAUCGGAGGUCUUGCUUGCAGUUUCUUUGGCAUGCUUUUCAUUUUUCAGCAGAUGCUUACUACACAAGGAGGGUUACUUAAAGCUGAGGAAUCAAGCAAUACAAGUUUCAGAAGAAGUAACCAGAUAUAUGCAGCCUUGAUUGGUUUUCUUUCAUCAAUAACUGGUGGAAUCUGCUACUGUCUCAUAAAGGCUGCAGCUAAGGCAUCAGAUCAAGCCGUGGUGACAGUUUUUUCAUUUGGCAUACUGGCUAGCCCUGCUGCUGGAAUAUGCACAUUUGCCUUAGAGGAGUUUGUGCUGCCAAGUUUCUAUUCACUAUCUCUGAUGCUUGCACUUGGUAUUCUGUCCUUCUUAGCUGAGGUGUUUCUAGCGCGUGGACUUCAGCUUGAGAAAAUUAGCAACGUUGCAAAUGUCCAGUUUAUUGAGGUUGCCUUGUCACAGUUAUGGGGCAUAGGCACCUCAAGAAUCGCUCCUUCAUUCGGUCGACUUGUUGGGUGCCUACUUAUCUUAAUCUCAGUGUCUUGUACUAUGUAUUUUGGACCCGAAAAAGAGAUUGAAUGAGAAAUGGUACAUUCUUUUCUUUUAGUACCAAAAUUUUUGUGUUCAACUUGUUUUAUCGUAAAAAUUUUUAAUUGUAUUUAGUGGCUUUUGCUUUCUUCUGCUGGCAAGAUGGCUUCUUCAACUAAAGCAAAGCAAAUCAUGCCCUUGCCCUUCAGCCCUUCUAACAUGAAUAGCAUUUUUUUUGUAUUGUCUAUUGGUUGGCAAAAAUGGAAUGUUCUUUGUUUUAGUUGAGCUAAAAUCUUGGUGGAUUUAAAUGUAUUUUUAGUGUCCAAGACGUAUUGAAAAUUCAAUUUUAUAUGAUAUUGUAAUUUUUUAAUUCCAGUUUUGCUUAAACUCACUUAUUUUAGUGAUGCUAUAUGAGCAAGAUAUAUUUAAGUUUUUUUAUUUUAUUCUUUUAUUUCACACAAAAUAAAAGUAUAUAACCAUGUAAAAUCAUUAACUUAAUUAUGGAAUGCAAAAUUUAAUUACUAGGAACAUACCAUCUUGAAGAUUAAAGUGCUUGCUAUAUGUUAAAAACAUUGGAAAACUACCUUUUUGAUGAAGAUGAUACCACAAAAAAUAUAGAAAAGAAAAAAAAAAGUUUGAGUUUCCCAUGCAAAUAAAGUCCCCUUUUAACUCGGAAAUUGGAAUUGUAGAAAAGGGGUUGAAAGUGUUGGGCUGUGUCCUGUGUGCUUGAAAAUUCUUCUUAAGCUUGGUAAUUAAAGAGGCGAGGAAAGUCAAUAUUCUUCACAAAAUAGAAUGUUGAACAUUACUUUAGACAUAAAAAAAUUAUAGAUUAAAUUGCUAUCUAAUGCUAUCGAUGUAAGAAUUAUUAGAUUGUGUUCGCUACGAGAUAAAAGUCUGCUUUGGAGACAUGACAUGGUCUCUCCCACUGUUGAAAACAAAUGCCUAAGUAAAGGAAGGGUGGUUAUUAUAAAAAUACAAUCUUGUUAUAUGUGAAAUCUUUUUUC